AUGACGUACUUGGAAAGACGGGCUCGUUUUGAACUUAUCGUGGCGCGUGAAGACUACUCUCGAUGCAAAAAACGCUGGAGAAGUGCUGAAACACCGGAAGAUCUCGCGUUGUCAGUCUUUUUCCGAGUUUUUUCACAGUUGAAAGGAAUUUCGCAGAAAGUUCGCCAAGCUGCGGAAAGCAUUGGAUCACAAGGGCCGAUGCGAACGAUUGGUGAAGCACAUUCACCAGAUUUAUUAUGAUCUGAUUCAUUCAGAUGACGAAAAGAUGGCUGAUUCCCUUGGUAAUUUCUUUUUGUUUUAUUUUCCAAGCUCAAUAACUAUAUCGUAAUGAAAGCGCAGAAUCACCAAUCAGAUAUAUUAAAAAUUUCAUCUCAGGGCGUAAAGGAUUGUGGCAUCUUGAUAGAAUUUUGCUUAACUCCUGACCGUUUGAAUGUUUUUCCAUGUUUCAGCUCUGGUACACAGCGACGCGCGAAUUCGCAUGUUCGAAGCUGCGAGGGUCAACGCAGAGCUCGCAAAACAGUUCAACCUUGCUGUGACCCCACGGGAGCAAAGACGGUAGGAACUUCCCAGAAUAAACCGUGCAACUUUAGUUUUCAGUGCAGCGAGGCGCAUAAUCGAUUCGCAAACGGAUCUCGAGCGUGCCAUCGAAGAAGAACGAGUUGCUUUCAACGACUUCAUGAGGGUUACUCGUUCGCUUUUCUUGUUAUAAGUUUUGAAAAAAAGAGAACCUUUGUAAUGACCAGCGUAUGACUAUUCAUGAUCUGUUUUAGAGAUUUUUCGCACGUUUCCCUCAUUAUAGUCACACUUUUUCGAACUGAAAGGCAAGAUUGGUUAAUAAGCAAGCGUGUUGCGUACGCGUCGCGGCUUUUUGGCGUGCAUUUCGAGGUCAAACAAAAUCAUGAGAAAAUGUGGAAAAAAAAACUUUUCUCAUUAGUUAAAAUUUUUAUUCGUUCAACUAAUAUUUUCACGAUCGUAAAAAAUUGAAGAUCGUCGAAAAAUUAUCAAAAAAAGGGGUAAAAAAAAGGUUUGACUUCUAGCAUUUGACUUCGAGUUGUUCGCCAAAAGGUCGCCUCGCGUACGCAACGUUUCGCCUUGCCCUUCUACCCAUCUUGUCUUUCAAGUCGAGAAGGAUUGACUGUAGAUGAAUGCCAAAUUUGCAGCUAGAACAUGGAUGGAGUCGCAGAAACAACAAAUGCAAACUUCUUUAG